AUGAAGUCUAUCCCGCUCGUCGCUCUAUUCUUCUUGGGCCCCCCGGUGGUCAUAGCUCUCCUUGAUGCGAAGAUCAAGGAAAAGGGAAAGAUGUACUUUGGCUCUUGUGCAGACCCCAACACCCUCUCCGACAACAACGUGCAGACAAUUCUGAAGGCCAAUUUCGGAUCUGUUUCUCCCGAGAAUAGUAUGAAGUGGGAUGCCAUCGAACGUGAGUGCAGAUCUUAAAUGUUCAAUGGGACAAUAAGUGCUGACAUAAAGGCUAGCCUCUCGUGGGAGUUUCAGCUUUGGCAACGCUGACAAGUUGGUAGACUUUGCAGUCAGAAAUGGCAAACUGGUUCGUGGGCACACAUUAGGUAAUAUCUGUUCGUUCAAAUGCUUCAAGACCUGUACUUAUUCUUGCGAUAUACAGUCUGGCAUGCUCAGCUUCCUUCGUGGGUUUCAAAUAUCACGGAUGCUGCCACCCUUACUACUGUUAUACAAAAUCACAUUGCCACUGUUGUAGGCCGUUACAAGGGCCAGAUCUACGCAUGGGUAGUAACUCUGCUGCAACCGGUGGCUUCUAUGCUUUCAAGUCCGACCAAUCCAUAGGAUGUUGUGAACGAGGUCUUCAAGGAAGAUGGUAGCUUUCGUAGCAGUGUUUUCUACGAACUACUUGGCGAGAACUUUAUCCACAUCGCCUUCAGGGCUGCUAGGGAUGCCGAUCUGGGCGCAAAGCUAUAUAUCAACGACUAUCGCCUCGAAAUCCCCAGUAAGAAGAUCGACGCCCUCCUCUCCUUCGUCGGCAGGCUUCAGUCCAGUGGCGUCCCGAUCGACGGUAUCGGUGCCCAGGGACACUUUAUCGUGAACCAGGUCGGAGACGUAACACCUCAAUUGCAGCGAAUGGCAGACACAGGCUUGGACGUCGCCCUCACCGAAUUAGAUAUCAGAAUUGAAACCCCCGUCACCAGCGCUUUGCUCACCAGCCAGCGUAGCGACUACUACACCAUCAUUGGGGCCUGCUUGAACGUUACCAAAUGCGUCGGUAUCACCACUUGGGGUGUCAGCGAUAGGGGAAGUCAUUGGGAUCCUCCUCCUUCACAAACACUUUAGAGGAUUACGAGAUGUUGAAGAUACAGUCUAGGACUCGUGGGUUGAUAGGGCCAUGCCCGGCUACGGUUCUCCUCUACUCUGGGACGAUAACUUAGUUCCCAAGGCUGCAUACGACGGGGUCGACACUGCGUUGAACUAG